CCUAGCUUUCGAUUUUUUGCCAUUUUCUUUUGUUUCCUCCAUUUAUGUGGCUUCAGUUGAACGCCUGGUCCCUUGGGGGAAAUUUCUUGAGCGCACCGGGGAAGAGCGUGCGACUGGAAUUUUCCAUGCUUCGUACGACUGGAAUUUUCCAUGCUUCCAGUAUAGUAUAACGACGUUUAUGAAUUUGAUGACAGUGAUUUUUGGGAUGAUAUCUCUGUCGUUUCGAGGCUUAUUAACAGGUUGCUUGCAUCUGCUGCUGCCGCCGGAACAGUAAGCUGGUCGGUCUCUCGUCCAUGGAAGAGCAGAGCAGCUCGCACGGAUGCUGCGGCGGCAAAGCUUGGAGGCCGGUGAAGACUUGGGCUUCCGCUGCUUCCGCUACCGUCUUCGUCCUCUUCACGGUGGUCCUUCUCUCUGGGCUCGUCAUCUCUUGGAUAGACAUCCCUACUUUUACUUUUCCAGGCGCUUCAAUUUUCAAGACUACCGCCAACGAAAGCUCUGCGCAAUUAUCUCUGAAGAAAACCGAGUUUCCUCCCGAGUCUCCGAAAACCGAGUUUCCACCUGAGCCUGCGAAAAAAGAGUUCCCGAUCAAGUGCCCGAAUGCAACCACGAAGCAAAAAUGCCCCUUGGAUUAUCCCUUGAAACACGAGACCAAGAAUAUAGACGCCGAGGUAUGUCCCGAGUACUUCCGGUGGAUCCACGAGGAUCUCCGGCCUUGGAAGGCCGUGGGAAUCACGAGAGAGAUGUUGGAGGGCAUUAAGAGGACUGCGCAUUUUAGGAUCGUGGUUCACAAGGGGAAAGUCUAUCUGGACAAGUUCAGGCCUGCAUACCAAACGAGAGAAGAGUUCACAUUCUGGGGGAUCGCGCAGCUCGCGAGGUUGUAUCCUGGUAAGUUGCCGGAUUUGGAACUGAUGUUCCAAAGCGGAGACCGACUGGUGAUCAAGAAGGAAGAUUACAAGGGCUCGAAAGGCACCAAGAUCCCGCCAUUAUUUCAUUACUGUGGACACCACACGGCGUUUGACAUUCCGUUCCCUGAUUGGUCCUUCUGGGGUUGGCCUGAGGUGAACAUAAAGCCAUGGGAAAGCACAUUAUCAGCCAUAAAAGAGAAGGCAGAGAUGAUGCCAUGGAAGGAUAGAGAGCCCUAUGCUUACUGGAAAGGCAACCCAACUACUUCUCGAGGCAGGGGUGAACUCCUCAAGUGCAAUGACAGCAAAGAAAUCGAUUGGAAAGCUCGCGUGUAUAACCAGGACUGGGGUCGCGAAAGAGCGGAAAGAUUUAAGCAUUCGAAUCUAGAAGAUCAAUGCACUCACAGGUAUAAUAUCUACAUUGAAGGAAUCGCUUGGUCGGUUAGUCAGAAGUAUGUUCUAGCAUGCGAUGCCAUGACAUUGCGGGUAAAGCCGGACUACUAUGAUAUCUACUCAAGAGGGCUGAUCCCUUUGGACCAUUACUGGCCCAUUAGGCCCCAUAACAAGUGCAGGGACAUCAAGUACGCCGUGGAAUGGGGAAACGAGCACCCUGCACAGGCGGAGGCCAUCGGAGAGAACGGACGGAGGUACGUCGCCGAGAGCGUGAAGAUGAAGUACGUGUACGACUACAUGUUCCACCUGCUCAGCGAGUACGCGAAGCUCCUGAAGUUCAAGACGAAGGUGCCUCGGGGGGCGGUUGAGAUGUGCUCGGAAGCGAUGGCCUGCCCGUUCGGCGGCUCGAUCAGGAAGUUCAUGGACGAUUCCAUGGUGAUGUCCCCUAGCGAUGUGCCGCCGUGCUCGUUGCCGCCCCCUUACAAACCCGACGAGCUCAAAGCUCUCCAGGAAAGAAAAGAGAAGGUGACCAGGCGAGUGGAGAUGGAAGAAGCUCGGUACUGGAGAGAUUUCAAUAGGCGCACGUCCUCUUGAUGGUCGCGGAUAUUUCAUCAUUAGAGUACGAAAGUUGGACACGUUAGUUUCCACUGUCAGUCCACUUAUACCUUAGAAACGAUGAGAACACAGAAGCGAGCAGCUACAUUAAAGCAGACAUUUUGUAAGUGGAAUCUCUCUUUAGGCGUACCUUUAGAAGCCACUUCCUUGUCGGUUAGCCUGUGCAUGAUGGCCACAGGCGCGGAUGAAUAGGGCUCCACUUUGUGAAUAGUUCGUGCAAAAAGUACAGAAUCAUUUUCUAAAAAAUUAGACCUCGAGCCCAUUCGUGCGAUGAACUUGGCCCACGCUCAAGGAAUUCUUACUCUUCGUGGUAUGGUAGGGUUCAUUCCAAAUUUCCCACCUAUAUGGUCACAUUCAUCUCUCAUGAAUUCAACGGCUUUCUUAUCUUAUUGUACUUUGAAAUCCUGAAAAUCACAUGUUUUCCAUAUGAAAUUUUAUUCAAGUA